CAAAAACUCGAGUAUUACUACUGGGAAGGACGAGUGAGGGAGCCGCGCCGCCGCCACUUCGUCGAGACUCGUCCACCUCAAGCACGCCCACGCCGAACGACAGCAAGAAAAGCUUGUCGCAAGGGUCAAUUCUCGAGAAGAAAUUGGAGCUGCUUUUGUGUCGACACGUCAAGCUGAAACAGACUUGGCCCUCAGACAGGUCGACCUUCCAUCAGCAUCCACCAAACGCAGACGUUCCCUCGACCACACCACGAAGGACCGUCAAUAUUGCUGUCAUAGUCCCUGGAAACGUCCACCACAGUCAAGGGCUUUCCACAUCCACCGCCGCAAAUACAGCAGCGACACAUUCAUCCACAUCAACUAAUGAACACACAAUUGAUCAACACGGGCUUGCAACCCCCUCCCAACCUCAUCGUGAAUCCAACACCAACCUCUGAGGCCACCGUGUCGACCUCAACUCCCAAUGCCGCCACGGCUAUCCCCCCUGCAGCGACGACUACAGUCCCACCAACCACAUCUGCAAAUCCAACUGCAAUCGCCACCGCCACCACUACCAUCGCAUCCGCAACCCCAACCGCAACUCCUGUCCCAACCACUGCGAUUGCACCUCCAGCCGACUUAGGGAACGCCAAGGAAUCGUCGGAAGGCGCGGCCAAGACCAAUGGGUCUAACGACGAAUGGCGAAACAAGGAGAACGAUCGGUCAGCUCGACAACACAUUGCGCGCAUCAUACUGAGUUUGAUCAUGAAGAGUGCCAAUCGACCGGCUUCGAAUAGCUACAACCCACGAGAGAUUGCUCGGCGCUUAGAACACACCUUGUACAUGAACUCAUCGUCCAAGGAAGAAUACAGCAAUCUGACGACGCUGAAAGUGCGACUGCAGCAUGCUCUGGACACAUCCAGACGGCGGCAACAGGAGGCACAACUCAAGCAGGCGCAGGGUACAUCCAGCUCAGACACCACAGCCACUGCCGUCGCCGCCACCACUACCACCACCACCACAGCUGGUCCGAUGAAAGCGCCACCAGGUGUUUCAGCUUCUGCUGCAGCUCCCGCCGCCCUACCAUCUGCCGGUCUCAAGGCUCCUCCCGCGUCCGCCACGGCCGCGCAAGCAGCGCAACUCAAAGCGGCACAUACGCAGGCUAUGCAGACCCAGAUGCAACUGCAACAGGCACAAUUCCAAGCACAAAUGCAAAUGCUCAACAAAGUUCAGCCUCCCCAACCUGGUGCCGUUUCGACUCCAGCCUCAGGAACGGGUAGUAAUCCUGCGGCACCGGCGCCUUCGUCCAACAUUUUGGAGGAACUGGAGCGGGAGGCCGACGAAAUGGCCGGCAGCAUAAGCGACCAGCCAUUGGAAAUGCCAGCGUCGGAACUCGAAAACACGACGGUUGCGACUACCGCGAACGCCAACAUGAUCAACAUGCCGAUAAACAUGCUGAACAUGGGUAUGAUGCAGAACCGAGGCGUUCCGUACGGAAUGAACCUCCUAAAUGGCAAUGCCCCCUACGUGCACCCGCAACUGCAGUUGCAACAGCUCCAGCAAAUGCAAAUGCAGCAGCUCCAACUCCAAAAACUGCAGCAGAUGCAGCAGCUUCACCAUAUGCAGUUGAAUGCGGCAGCCAAAAUCAACCAAGUCAACAACACAGCCAGCACCACGGCGGCUACCACGCACCUCGCGCAACCGCCCGCUACGACGACUGCUGGCCCGACAUCGGCGGCGUCCGCAGUACCAUCCACUGUCCCAGGCGGGGGGGUUGCACUUUCAAUGCCGCCCGGCCUCGCUGGGGAGGUCACCCCCAAGCAACGCCGCGAAGAGUUUCGAAAGCGAUUGAUUCAACUCAAACACGCGCGCACGUGUCAAAGCAAUCCGUGCGAAGAGCCCUUUUGCGCCAAAGUCAAAGUCCUCUUGACGCACGUCUCCAACUGUUCUGAUGCCGAGUGCAACACGAUCGGGUGUAAGUCGACGCGUCAGCUGCUGUCGCACUACCGCAAGUGCCGAGACAUGCAAUGCUACGUAUGCAGUGCGAUUCGAACGCAGAAUCCAACCGGGCAAGCGUUUGUCCUCCGUCGGCAGCAAGAUCGGCUGUGCAUGCUUCGACACGCGUCAACGUGUGCAGCGCCAUUGUGUCCGAUGGCUUAUUGUGUGGACAUGAAGGUGCUGUGGAAACACAUUUGCGAAUGCCGCCAGUCGCAGUGCACGGUGGACCACUGCAUCAGCUCGCGAUAUGUGCUGUCCCACUUCAAGCAGUGCCAAAAACCAGACUGCGGUGUGUGUGUGCCAGUGCGCCACGCCAUCAAGAUCAUUGACUCGACGAAAACCAACCCCCAGGAACUUCAACAGCUCGCGUCGUCGUGUCCUAACGAUGUGAAGGUGUUGAUCCGUCAAAUGACCACCGUCCCGAUUUCGCUUCCGAUGCAGCAAGGUGGCACGGGAGCCCUUGGCAUGAUGGCACCACAACCACAGUCGAUUGGUGACAUGAAGCCGCCGCAGUCGAUACACUUGAUGGGGCAACCUUUGACGCAGGCAGCCACCGCUCCUUCGGGGGUGAAACAGGAACAGCCAUUGGGACCGCCAUCGAAUUUGAUGGCAGCCGGUGGAGCUACUGUGCCACCAACAAAGGUACCGGCCAAGCCGAAAGCAAAAACCAAAGCAGCUGCGGUCGGUACCACUGGGGUGUUGGCUGGUACCCCGGUGCAAGCGACUGGAAAGACAAUCAAGACGGAGGGAAAGGCCAAGAAGAACGACGCAAACCCCCAACCAAACGUCGCUGGCGCUCCGAAUGCCAUAAAGAAACCACCAGCUUCGGACAAAGAGAAAAAGGAGAUUCGCAAACUCAAGGCGGAAAAAGCCAAGGAGCGGCAACAAAGCAAACUGGGAAACAACGGAGUCAAACCAGUGCAAUCCCAAAUUCCAAACAACGGCUCGACGAUCAAGAUGGAACCGGAAUUCAAGAUCCCGACCGUCAUGCCCGCCAGUUCACCGACCAACGUCCUGAACAACGAGCAAGACUUUUCGUAUCUUGAUUCUAUGACCGAAGCGCAGUUGGACGAGCAUAUCAAGUCGCUUCGGUUCAACUUUUGCGGCCACAUUUCGAUGGUGGAGCUCAAAAACCGGUUGAUGCCGCUGCUGACGGCGGUCAUGGAGACUGAACAUGGGUGGGCGUUCAACACCCCCGUGGACCCGAUUCAAUGGAACAUUCCCGACUACUUGGAAGUGAUCAAGUGUCCCAUGGACCUCGGUACCAUCAAAAAGCGUCUCGAGAGCGAGCACUACGUGAGUGUCGAGUCGUUUGCGUCCGACGUGCGGCUCACGUUUGAGAAUUGCAUUGCUUACAACAGCAGCACCAACAAAUUCAACCAAGCCGCCAAGCAGUUGCUCGUGCAGUUUGAAACAGCAUUGCUGGCACUCAAGGAACAGCUCGAAUCGGAACUCAAGAGUAGAUGCGAACAACGGCGUGAAGAAAUGUGUCAGUUGUGCGGUGGCGACUCGUUCAAGUUUGCCCCGUGCAUGUUGUUUUGCAGCGGGCCGUGCACCGGUCGCAUCCGCCGCCACACGCAUUAUUACAGUGACCCCCGCGGUGAAUACCACUGGUGUUCGAGCUGCUACAAGCAGAUGAAAGACGGUCCGUUGGACAUGUCCCUGCUUCCUGUGUCGUCAAGUCCCGCCACCAACGACCCUCCGCUCACCAAGGCGAUGUUGUUGAAAAAGAAAAACAGCGAAGUUGCCGAAGAGCCGUGGGUCGCGUGUGACACGUGCAAACUGUGGUACCAUCAAAUUUGCGGUCUUUUCAACGAGCGCAACCACGCAAUUUCGGGCGAGCAAGAAUUGUUUGUGUGCCCGUUUUGCACGAUCAAGACACGGCAAUCGGGCCAGAUCCCACAGACCAAGUUUCCACUGCAAGCGAAGCGCCUUCCAGUGACGCGAAUGGCCGCGCGCAUUGAAAAACGCGUUGUCGAUGCAUUGGCGAAAGCGCAGGGUGAAGAACUGGCGCGCUUGAACUCUCUGGGCAACCUCGAGAGCGACGGGUCAAGCGCGCUCCAUCCCAAGACAGCGACGCCUCCUCCUUCAUUCGCAGUCACGAUUCGGGAAGUGCUAAGUGUGGACAAGCAAGUCCAGAUCAAACCGCGCAUGUCAAAGCUCUUUGUCGCGAAAGAAUUCAUCAAGCCGGGUGACGGGACGUCUCAAGGUGUCAAGCGCACCAAAAACAACGGCGACGCGUCAGUCAAGAAGGUCAAGGUUGAAGGUGCCGAUGCGAAAGCCACAGUGUCCACGGCGGUCGUGAAAAGGGAAAAAAAGGACAAGUUUGACUUGACGUAUCGGUCGCGAUGUAUUUGCGUGUUUCAAGAGCUGGAUGGCGUCGACGUAUUGAUCUUUACGCUGUACGUGCAAGAGUACGGCGACACAUGUGCCGAGCCAAAUCGCGGUCGUGUGUACGUGUCGUACUUGGAUUCGGUCGCGUACUUUCAGCCCAAGAAAUUUCGAGUGCUCAUGCAUCAGCAAGUGAUUUUGGGCUUUCUCGAAGACGCCAAGAUUCGCGGGUACCACACUGCACACAUUUGGUCGUGUCCGCCGCUGAAAGGCGACGAUUACAUCUUUUUCUGCAAGCCGGAAAAUCAAAAGAUUCCGAAGGCGGCCCGCCUGCGGUCUUGGUACAGCAAGCUUCUCCAAGGCGCAAAGAAGGAAGGUCUAGUCUACAACAUCAGCAACUUGUACGCGGAAUACUACAUGAAGCGCAAAACGGCGCUGGAACUGCCGUAUUUUGAAGGCGAUUACUGGCCGCGCCUAGCCGAAGAUUUGAUCAAACAAGUAGAGGAGAAGGCAAAGCCGAGUACUUCGAGCAAAUCCAGCCAUCGCAAGAGCAGCAGCGACGGUGAUCCGAAUGCUGCAAUUGGUGCCGCUGCGGUUCCGACACAGGCGGACACUGUGGACCCACUGGCGGUGGUCAGCGUCAGCGGCAAACAUUCGAGCAAAAACAAGGGCGAAGUCAAUUUGGACCCGAUCAUGCAAAAACUGAAAGCAAUCUUGGAGCCACAAAAGGAAGACUUUUUUGUCGUGGAUUUGCAUCCCCGGUGCCACAAGUGCAAUGCCAGUGUAAUCAACCGACCGUACUGGACCCUGAAGACGCUCGUGCCUACGCCCGACCCCGUGAACGACGUGAUCGAGGCGCUGAAGAAAGCCAAAACGGCCGCCGUCAAGACAUCGAUGUUGCCGCGACAUUACCAGCACUACUACUGCGCAUCGUGCUACGACAGCAGCAAGAACAACAUUCAAUCGCGUGUCGAAGCAUCGGUCGUCGGGGCGAAGAAAGCUCAGGACAUUUAUGCGGCUAUCCAAGCUGCAAACAGCGACCCAUCUACGUUCAACUACGCCGGUCACGAUGUUUUGGACGUCAAGUAUGAGCUGAGUUUGACAAGCUCCGUGAGCUCGUUGUUACUCGAAGGAGAGUCAUCCCGCGCGGACCUGGCGCUCGAGCCAGACACGGACGAACUCAUGCCGUGCGAAAUCUUCGACACCCGCGAAGCGUUCCUCAUGUACUGCCAGAACAACCACUGCCAGUUUGACCAAAUUCGACGGUCAAAGCACUCGUCCAUGAUGGUGUUGUACCACUUGUUUAACCAAGGCACGACCGGGUUUACGUUUUCAUGCCACAAGUGCAAUAUGACGCUCACGUCUGGCAAGCGUUGGAACUGUUCGAUUUGCAUCAACUUUAACUUGUGCGAAGGGUGCCGAGCCAAGACCAAGCACGAACAUCCUCUGCACCCGUUCCAGAUUGUGUCGAUUCCCCAGCCCAAACACAAGACGUCGGCCGAAAUUGACCAACACAACAACAUGGAUGGGUCCAACCUGCUUCUCGACAGUGCGUCGUCCAGCCGCAAGAAGAACGCCAAGAAACGACCAGGGCCGAAGAAAGGAAAGGGAAAGGGGGCCGGUGGAGGAGGUGGUGCAACCAAGAAGGCCAAACCAGACAUGUCGUCGGCAGUCGACGAAGGCGCUGCUACAACUGCUGCGAUUGCACAGGUUCCGAUGCCCUCUCCACGUGCCACCACCACCAUUACCCCUGUCGCAAAAUCACCUGCUGGUCCUGCGACCAUUGCAAGUUCGCAAACGAAUGGUGCCAACGACGCGGCAACUGCAAGUGGUGCCGUGGCUGCACCGUCUUCCGCAGCUGUUGUUGCGGCUCCUUCGGCAACAUCGCUUUCUGGUUCAUCCAACUCGUCUGCUGCUGCCGCUGGCGCAGCGUCCGCCCAGCACCAACAACAACGCAUUCACAAUGUGGAUCCGCAGCUCCUUGUCCAGCUCGAGCAUGCAAGUCUGUGCAAACUCAGCGACGCAUGUACGUACACCAACUGCAAUCGCAUGCGGGCCAUGUUAAAGCACGGCGCGACGUGUGAGGCACGCAAGGUCGGGCCAUGCCAGUUGUGCAAGCGCAUCGUUGGUCUCUUGAGCGCGCAUGCCAAGCAAUGCACGAAACCGAUCAACGAGUGCCAGGUCCCGCGGUGCACUGAAAUCCGGCGACUGGUCGAGCAACAACAGCAGAAACAAGCUGCUGCUGCUGCUGCCGCCACCGCCAGCAGCGGCUGCCAAGUCCAACCGCCACCCGUGCAGCAGUAGCGGACAGACGAACGAGCGACGUAGUCGCGGUAGACGCCAUCGAAGAGCAGGCAGGAGCAUCGCUUCCUCGUUCGGGAAGCGACGGGUGUGAGUAAAUACUAAGUUAUUUUGCCUAAACGCAUGG